UUCGUUGAACAAUACAUAAAAAAACUCGCACACCGGGUGUUUAACGCUCGUAUUCUAUUAGUUCUAUAUUGAGUUUUCGUGCGCUCACAUAUAGUUUUGUUUGAGCAUUUUUGGUCGCUUUUUUUCACUGUUUCUAUUGAUUGGUAAAGUGGUACCAAUUUGCCGAACUCGUUUGUUUGAAUAGCACACAAACUACGUCUUUCAUUAUUGAAUAGAGGUAAAAUUCGCGAAGAAUAUAUCGACAAGUUCGACGACAUCACAAAGGUUAUGCAAGUGAAGCUCAUUACGUAAAAUAGACAGUUUCGUAUGAAUGGCUUUGUAUGUGACGUUAACAAAAAGCAACGGAAGCCAAAAUUAUUAAUUCAAGCCUAAAUGAAGUGUUCAAAUCGUAAAGUGAAUACCCACUAAAUAAUUAUUUAGCUCAUUUGAAUCCAGCUUCAAUUCUUGUUGUGUCGUUGAAUCUGUUUUCAACUUGAAAAACUUGUCAACUACAGAAUAACAGACUAAAGUGUAAACAGAACAUAUCACAUGCAUAAGGCUCGUAAAAUCGUUGUGGAAAAAAGACAUGAAUAAAAACUUUUCGUUCAAGUGAAGUCAUAUCUUGUGUAACUCUUUUCGUAAAGGGGAAAAAAGUAAGAAAGAAACUUGUAGCCAGUUUCAAAUCAAUAAGGACAACACUUGUGCUCGUAUACCAGUGUUAGCGGUGGACAAACAGCAAUAGCACAAUAUAAUCAAGUAACACAACAUGGAUCACGCAAAACUUUUGCACAAGAUUACCCUAUCCAUCGUCGUGUGGAUGUUUGCAGUAACAAUAAUCAUUAGUGGAAUAAAUGCGGUAUCUCUGGUUUCAACAUCAACAGUCACUGCAACGGCAACUUCAAAUCCUAUAUUUCAGCUCAACUCGACUGGAACCAGUUCCGAAUUUUCACGCACACCAUCGUCAUGGCCUAGCUCUAGUCAAAAGGCUGUACGUGUCAUGGGUUCAACUGAAUCGGAUUCCGUAUCAUAUAAUACAUUAGAAAGCACAUCUUCCAAUUCAAUACCAAUGCAGUCUCCAGAAUUUUCAGCAGAUGAAUCACCGUUGACCGUGAUUGAAAUUGAAAAUCCAUUCGGCGAGCAUGUUUAUAUCGGAACGAAAGGGCCAAAUCAACGUGAGAGUGAAGCAAUUACACGUGCAUUGGAUUGGUUGGGAGAGAAACGAUUCCCUGAUUAUGGAUGGGGAAAUGAUACCCAUAUGGUUAUACUUGCGAAAGAGCUGUCGGGCGAACGAGAUUUUGCUGAAUCAACCGAUGCACACAUCCAAAUUAUUCAAACUUUGGAAGACCAAUUAUCGAUUAAGCAAAUGUCGAUUGAGAUUUUAUCGCUAAUCGAUCAUCAUCAUCAUGCUGUUAUGCCGAGAAAUUUUGACGUUGCUGAACUAGCUCUAUUCACAUUAGCCUUAGGCGCUUUAUGCAAAGAUCCAAAGCAUUUUAUGAAUCAGCACGACCUUUUAACGAUGCUUCAACAUCACGAAUCUAAUGAUGAUCAAAUAUUUGCGCUUUCUACUUUUGCCGUAUGCAGUUUGGGCGAACAUGUUCGAAAACGUCAAAUUCGUCAAUUGAUUGAUAUUGCCCUUGAGAAUAAUCAAAGUAUCGAAACAACGGCAUUUGCCAUAUUAGCAUUGCGGUGUGUGAUGAAUGACCAUCACAAUCGUCAUUUAGAGCAUUUUCUGCGUAAAUCAUCGCUACGAUUGGCAUUGAUGCAAACGACACAGGGGAAUGUUGGUACAUUGCGAAGCACAGCUUUAGCAAUGCAAGCAUUACAAGACUUGAAUGUAAUACCAAGCGCAGCAUGGUCGAGAGCAGCUGCUUCAAAAUGGAUAUUGGAUCGUCAACACGAAGACGGAAGCUGGAGUGAAUUUCCUUUAAGUGAUGGUCAAGAUGCAAAUAUGGGAAUCGGCCUGACUGCACACAUCAUACUCGCAUUGGGCCGAAAAGGUUUGAGUGCCGUUCGAAUGCUAGAAUGUAACAAUAUUCUGAGUGACACAAGUGGUUUUCAUCAUGAGGUUACUGAACAAAAACUAGCAUCGCCAGUACCAUUAACUCCAUCAUCUGCCAGUGUUCCCGAAAUUAACAUUCAAACGGUGUCAUUCACAUAUACCAUUUGGUUUUCGUUGAAACCACCAGUUGAUACAGUUUCAUUGGCUAUGACAUCACCUCGGAACACCACUUUUUACCAGGCAAUGGUGCAAGCAAUGGAUAUAGAUCCACGUUUUGCCUUCGAAUCACAUGAAUGGCCAAACGGACAUUACAUUAGAUCCAUCGGUGGACAUAGCGAAGAUUUGGGAAGAUUCAACUAUUGGUUACUUUAUAAACUUCCUGAUAUGCCCGAUAUAAAUAAACUGCCCGAGAAUAAAUUUAUCAAUUCGAUUGGCGUUGAUGAAAUGAUCGUUGAAAAUAAUUAUCAUUAUCUUUACUGGUACAAAAAAUUGUAAGCGAUAUCACAACAAAAUUCAACAACACCACCACCACCAGCAUCUGCAGCAUUCACAGCCAUGUAGCACAUAAAUGAAUGAUCAGGAAUGUAUCAUAAAAGGGAACCAAUGGAAAUGAAACGAAAUGUAGACGUUGAGCAUUAUUCAGCUCGUUAGUAUAAGAUUACAAAAUAUAUAAGAAACACCACAGAGAGAUAUGUUUUCGAUUGAUAUUUAAACAUCAGCUAUGAACAAAGAAAGGAAAACAAGAUAUAGAACAUAAAAUAAACUAUGUAGCUUUUAGCUUGUAGUUUGCGUUUAAGUAGUAAAACGUAGCUUUGUUUCAAGCGGCUCAAAUCUAAAGUACAAUGUAAGCCAACUUAAAUAACCAGUAUAAACGCAUGUUGAUUAUAUUAUAAUUUAAUCAAAAGUGAAUGAUAAAAUGAUAUGAUGAAUGUGACCAAGCAUAUGUCGAUGGAACAAUAAACAAAUGACAAUAAGUGAGUUUUGUCUUUACUCUCUUCAGAAUUACGUAAACCUAAAGAAAAAUAAGUAAAAACCCUAUAGCGAAUCUCACCCGGAAAAAGUUAAAUUAAUUGAGAAUUUAAAUAAAACGCCUAUUUGGAAUGUUUCUCUGUCAUUUGAUCUCAACACAACUUUUCCAACGGUUUUAGUAAUUAAUAAACAAAUUAAUGAACAAACUACAUAGUUGAUCCAACAAAAAAAAAGAAAAUUGAAAACUUUGAGAGUGAUUUAAAUGGUUUCGUCAAAUAAAACAAAAAAUAAAGUCGAUUACAAGAUCGUUCACACGCAAUCUUCCAUUCAUAUUGGACCACUAGAACACAUAUUCAUUUGUUUGGAUUAGAUCGAUAAAUGGAUACCAACGAGGGAUACGAUAUUUGACUGAAAAUGUAGUGCCAACCACGAAAUAUAGUUGCAUGAAUUUGAUUAAAUACAACGUUCACUUUUCAAUGUACAACUCGCUUCGUUAUAAAUCGUCACGAAGAAUAUAAUCAACAAAUAGAAAAACCUUCGAUAAUAUCAUCUUUAAUGUAUACACAUGUAUUUUUUCCAUCAUUUAGCAUAUUAACUAUGUAUCGAAAAAAUAAAAACACGACGAUUUCAAAUAAGA